AAGAGAAGAACAACGAAAUCGGUCACAAACUCAUAACUCUCUCUGCCUCAUCUCUCUCUCUCUCGUUCGCUCGCUUGAUCGCUGGAGAUUUGUGAUAGGGAGAAGAAAUGGAUGUCAGCGAAGAAAUCAUGGCUGCUCACAAGCGAACUUUCAUGGAGUUCUUGGAUCAAGAUGUAGGGAAGGGCAUAUAUAUGCAAGCUAUUAGGGAUAUGAUCGAUCUGAAGCGCCGGCGUCUCAUCAUCGACAUCUCCGAUCUCCACGACUUCAACACCGAACUGGCUCGUAGGCUCCUGAAGAAUCCGAGUGAAUACAUCCAGCCGUUCUCCGAUGCGCUGACAGAAGUGACACGCAACAUUGAUCCGAAGUACCUGAAGGAAGGGGAACAAGUUCUCGUCGGCUUCGAAGGUCCCUUUGUUUCCCGCAGAGUCACUCCCAGAGAACUUCUCUCCUCCUUCAUUGGUUCCAUGGUCUGCGUCGAAGGCAUCGUUACCAAAUGUUCGCUAGUGAGGCCAAAGGUUGUAAAAAGUGUUCAUUUCUGUCCCACAACUAGAGCCUUUACAACUCGUGAGUAUAGAGACAUUACAUCCACUAUGGGCUUGCCCACAGGGUCCGUAUAUCCUACAAGGGAUGACAACGGUAACUUGUUGGUGACCGAGUAUGGAUUGUGCAAAUACAAGGACCAUCAAACGUUGUCAAUGCAAGAGGUGCCUGAGAACUCUGCCCCCGGUCAGCUUCCACGUACGGUGGAUGUCAUAGUAGAAGAUGACUUGGUAGACUCAUGCAAGCCUGGUGAUCGUGUUGCAAUUGUUGGAAUAUAUAAAGCUUUUCCAGGGAAAAGCAAGGGCAGUAUGAAUGGGGUUUUCAGGACUAUCCUCAUAGGUAAUAACGUUUCUCUUCUCAACAAAGAGGCAAAUGCACCAAUCUACACCACUGAAGACCUGAAAAAUAUAAGGAAGAUAGCUGAACGAGAAGAUACAUUUGACCUACUUGGCAAUUCACUUGCUCCGUCCAUAUAUGGGCAUUCAUGGAUAAAAAAGGCAGUGAUCUUGCUAAUGCUUGGUGGAAUGGAAAAAAACUUGAAGAAUGGGACACACUUGAGAGGUGACAUAAACAUGAUGAUGGUUGGUGACCCUUCUGUUGCAAAGUCUCAACUUUUAAGAGCAAUCAUGAAUAUUGCUCCUCUGGCCAUAUCAACAACAGGUCGAGGUUCUUCUGGUGUUGGAUUGACAGCUGCUGUGACUUCUGACCAAGAAACAGGAGAAAGAAGGCUAGAGGCUGGAGCAAUGGUUCUUGCUGAUCGAGGUGUUGUUUGUAUUGACGAGUUUGACAAGAUGAAUGAUCAGGAUCGUGUUGCCAUCCAUGAAGUUAUGGAGCAGCAGACUGUAACUAUUGCAAAAGCUGGUAUUCAUGCAUCAUUAAAUGCUCGAUGCAGUGUGGUUGCAGCUGCAAAUCCUAUAUAUGGGACUUAUGACCGCUCACUGACUCCGACAAAGAAUAUUGGACUCCCUGACUCCCUCUUAUCCCGUUUUGACUUGCUAUUCAUCGUGUUGGAUCAAAUGGAUCCUGAUAUUGAUCGUCAUAUUUCAGAGCACGUUGUACGCAUGCAUCGAUUUCGUUCUGCAGUAGAUGGAGAACUUGAUGGGAUUUCAAGAUAUGGAAGAGAAGAUGAUGCUGAAGCAAACUCUGCUGUCUUUGUCAAGUAUAACCGCAUGCUACAUGGGAAGAAGGCUGGAAGAGGACGCAAGCAUGAGAUACUCACCAUCAAGUUUCUUAAGAAAUAUAUUCAUUAUGCGAAGCAUAGGAUUCAACCAGAGCUGACAGAUGAGGCAUCUGAGCAUAUUGCGAAUGUCUAUGCAGAACUUAGGAAUGCCAGUUCAAGCGGAAAGACAACUGGAGGAACACUUCCAAUUACUGCCAGGACCCUAGAAACCAUAAUACGUCUAUCGACUGCUCAUGCCAAAAUGAAAUUGAGUAAGAAGGUUACAAAGAUUGAUGUUGAAGCUGCUCUUAAAGUCCUAAACUUUGCCAUCUAUCAUAAAGAACUGACAGAGAUGGAGGAGCGUGAACAAGAAAGAGAGAGGGAGUUGGAAAGGAAACGAAAAUCUGACCAUGAUGGUAGGAAUAAUGAUAGAACUACUGGUGCUACAAGAGAUAGUGCAACAACAGAUGCAAUGGAAGUAGAUCAGCCUCCAGCUGAGUCCAAUCUUAACAUUUCUCGAGAAAGAAUCGAAGCUUUUGACUCUGCGUUCGGCCAGCAUAUGCGUGCAAACCACUUGGAUCUAAUAUCUAUUACAGAGAUUGAGAAGGUUGUCAAUGUUGGGGCAGCUGCACAUUACACCCGAUCAGAGAUAAUGUCCUUAUUAGAGAGACUACAAGCAGAUAACAGAUUGAUGAUAGUUGGUGAAACUGUGCAUAUGAUGUGAAUACUUGCAGGAAGAGUAUCCCUGAUGGAGGCCCAGGUUGUACGAGAAACUCACAAGCAGCAGCAAGAUGACAUGACUGCUAUUUGGAAACAUGGUGCUACUGCUCAAUGUUUGAUUCCACCGGGCCUGCAAGAUGUAAUCCAGCAAAUUAUGUUUCUCAAAAUGGUCUUUGCUAGUGUAGCAAAACUUGUUUGUAUUCUAUAGCCAGCCCAAGAAAAAGGGAUAUAUGUGUGUGUGUGUGUGCGCACUUACAAUUGACAAUGUUUUCAAGGAUAAAUUUUUAAAAUUUUCCAAUUCUAUUCUUGUUUGGAUUAUAGUUCAAUUGAUCUAUCCCUCGUUUCAAUUUUUAA